AUGGACAGCACAAGGACGACGCGACGGCAGACACGCACCCGCACGCGUACGGGAUGCAUGACCUGCCGGGCCCGCAAGAUCAAGUGUGACGAGACGGCGACGACUUGCCGCAAUUGCACAAGGGCACAACUCGACUGCUUGCGGCCGGACAGGACCAAUGCCAGUCUGCAUCAGACGGAGAGGGUGCAGUUGGCGGACCGCGCGGUCAGCGCGCACGACGGCGACCGCUUCACACAAGCCGGCCUUCAACGGCGACGCGCAAAACGGUCGUGCAAUGCUUGCCGACGAACGAAGAAGCGCUGUGGCGGCGAGCGGCCGCAAUGCAUGCGAUGCACCGACAAGGACGUGUGCUGUGUCUACGACGAGCCGGGGGAGAUUCUUGCCCUCUCGCAAACGACGGCAUCGCCGAUCUCACCCUUGCCCUCGGUAGACCUCCUCGCAGACAAAGUGCUUGUGCACCGUCUCUGCGACGCCUUUUUCAACGAAGUCGCCCCUCUACGGUGCUUUGGUUUCUUGCACCGGCACACCUUUCUACAGGAGGUGGACGCGACGGACCACCCACGAGACGAUCCUCUGCUGCUAGCCGUCUGUGCUCUGGCGACCAAGACGAUUGCCAUGAAGGAGUACGAUCUGUGGGACGUCGGCAGCGGAUGGGCCCGCGAGGCCCAGGCAUCCGUCGUGGCGGCACUCGACGACAUGAGCGUCCGCCGGCUUAUGUGCCUGGUGCUGCUGUACGAGCACGCCGCGCGCACGGGCGAGACGCGCCAGUGUUUUCAGCUGUCGGCCCUGGCGUCGCGCAUGACACAGGCGCUGAGUCUGAAUCUGGAGCAUGACGAAGACGUGCUCGACACGUCGCAGAUGUCGGCCGUGUCCCGCGAGUCCCGCCGCCGACUAAUGUGGGCGUGCUAUCUGCUGGACACGAUGCUGGCGUGCGGACUGCGGGACUUGCAGGUGCUGGAGACGGCGAGCCUGCGGAUCCAGCUGCCGUGUGACGAGCGGCAUUUUGUCUACAAGGUGGCUGUGCACACGGCCAUGGUGGACACGACGUUUGCCCCCAGACGGAGCAGCCGGAAAGGGCCCCUGCUGUCCACCAACCAGGGCAUCGACGCCUUCUCGGUACGCCUCUACCUCAUCCGCGACCACGUCCUGCAGUACAUCAAUAGCGACACCGACAAGGACGACCCGUGGCGGCUGGUGGCGCUGAUUGCCGAUUUGGAGGCGUGGAAGGACGCGCUGACGCCCGAGCUGCAGUUUACGUCGGAUGUCCUCGCCGUGCGGAAAGACGAGGGCCGGCUGGCGGCGCUGGUGUCGCUGCACGUCCUGUACCACCAAGUCAACUGCCUGCUGUACCGGUGCACGAUUCCGAGCAUGCUCUUCCCGGCCCGCACGCAGACCGGCCUCUCCGUCAAGGCGUCGCCCGAUUUCUUGGCCGAAAGCCGCAAGGGCUGGUUCGGGCACGCGUGCGCCAUGAGCGCCAUCUUCGAAGUGUCCCUGCAGCACCAGCCGCUGUCGAUGACGGACCCGGCGGUGGCGCCGUCGGCGUACAAUGCCAUCAUCAUCAAGUGGCUGUACCUGACCAACUUUGUCAGCACAGGGGACGAGAAGCAGCACCAGCUGAAUGCCAUACUGCCGCUCGUCGACAUCGACCUCCAGUUCCUGCAAGCACUGGCCAGCUACCACCCGUCGGUCGGCACGAUUGCGAGCGUCGCCGCGCGGCUAGUCGACGAGGCAAAACGAAGGAUUGCUGCCAAUCCGGUCGUCCGUCUCUCCGAAACCGGCAUCCCCGACCAGAUCCACAGCGCGACGUCCAUUUCGCCCGACGUCCGCAUGAACCAGCUGUCGACAUUUGCCCGCAUGCGCAAGACGAUUCCAGACGUACACGCGCCAGACCGGGGCACGCCGACAACCUCGCCGGGCCUGAGUACAUAUAGCUCGCCACAGUCCGACUGGGCCGGCGAAGAGCGACUCUGGAUGUGGAGUGAAUGA